GAUGAGGAUGUUCUCGAAGCAAGCAUUGCCACGGUCAGCUUCGGCGCGUUGCAGCAGGCCCGCGAUGCGCUGUUGCGGAAGCGUAAACGAGGCUCAGACGUUGACGAACGAGAUGACGAUGAAGAGAAACUAGAAGCGUUGCGAAAGCGUCUGAGGCAGAUCAAGAAGCAGAAGGCUGCAGGGACCGAACCGGAAGAAGUGCACUCUGCCGGCCAAAAGCGCCGUGUAUCGCGGUUCGCGAAGAAGGCUGUAGACGAAGAUCGCGACGAUGCAAGCGACUCCGACUCAGCGCCUUCGGAAGAAGACACAACAUCCCACCAUCAACGCUCCUCCAAACACGCCCCCACCGCCCAAACCUCCCGCCGCCAAGUCACCCGCAAACGAACCGUCAUCGACGUCCCUAAACGCGUCAUCCGAGACCCACGCUUCGACGCAAUCCACGACUCCGCCUUACCCACCAACGACAACAUCUCAAAAGCCUACUCCUUCCUCCACGACUACGAGCGCGGCGAGAUUGCCGAGCUGCAAACCGCGCUCAAGCGAACCAAAGACCCUUCCGACCGCGAGACUCUCAAACGCAAGAUCAACAGUAUGGAGAACCGCCUCAAGACGCAAGCGACUAAAGAACGAGAGCAGGAAGUUCUGCGGAAGCAUCGGAAGGAGGAGAGGGAGCGGGUGCAGCAAGGGAAGACGCCUUACUAUUUGAAGAAGAAGGAGGUGAAGGAGCGCGCAUUGGUGGAGAGGUUCAAGGGCAUGAAGGGCAAGGAGAGGGAGAAGGUCAUGGAGAGGAGGAGGGUGAAGGAAGGGCAGAAGGAGAAGAAGAGGAUGCCUAAUUUACGA